UGUGUGUGUUACUCUCACGUUCACACUGGUACCGUUCGGAGUUCUUCGUUAUACCGCGCUGGGCAGUGUUUGCAAACCACCGCCGCCGUGAGACCGUCAACCGCCCCGCGUAGUGCGUGGUUGACCGGUGCUACACACUUGGUGCGCGCCCCGGAAGUUGAAAAGUGCGGUCCGGUUGGUUCUCAUUUGCGCGCGGACGUCAACAGUGUAUUCGGCGGCAAAGAAAGAGAGAGAGACGAAAAGUAUACAACAGAGUCUGUCUCCCUUUUCUGUCUUUCCGUUUAUCUCCUGUGACAUCGGUCGUUGCCGGAGUCGGGAAGAUACAUAUAACAGAAACAAAAAAAACAGAACGCGCGCACGCAAGCAGAGAGAGAGAGAGUGAGAGAGAGGAGAGAGAGAGAGAGAGAGAGAAAGAGAGAGGCGCGGAAACAUCGUUGAAGACGCGCGCACCGGGAGAGCAGAGAAAACAUCGUGAAGUAAGGCGCGAACGGCGAUCACGCCGGACAGAGAUAGAAAGAGAGAGAGAGAGAGAGAGAGAGAGAGUAAGAGAGAGAAAACGAUACGUUUGAGUCGCGCGAGUCUCGUGGCUGUUUUCGUGGAGAGAAGCUCGCGCGCGUCCAAGGAGGAGUAAAGGAGUGGCUGUGGAGAUAUUCGCAAAGGGAAAGAACGAGAGAGAGAGAGAGAGAGAGAAAGAAAGAAGAGAGAGGGAAAGAGAAAAUACGAGUGACCGGUCGUCGCCUCAUGGCCCUGUUGUUCGAUGGCCCUUCGUGAUCGCGGCAGGAAGAGAUCGGUCGCGGAGUGGUGUUUCAUACCGCCGAGAAAAAGUGCUCGUUUGUGACGAAGUUCGUCGUCUCGCGUCCCCUUCCCCUCCGUUCGUUGUGUUUGUUUUCUCUUUCGAGACGGCAAAGCACACUCCCCUCGGAAAAAUUGACGGAAAAACCUGGUCGACGAGACGGAGCAGAGGCAGAGUGAGUAAGCAGGAGAAAAGAGGAGAAGAAGAAGAGGAAGAGGAAGAAGACGGAAGAGAGGAGCGGAACACAGUGCGAGGGAGGAAGGCAGGGGACGGAGACGUAGGAGGGAAAGGGUGACUGGCGGGCCCGGCUGGCGAUCCGAAGUCGCGGAUUCGGCACGCCGCGGUUUACCGAUCCGUAAUAUGGCGUACAAGUUUCGCGAGGAGAUCGUGGGAAAGAGGUUUCUCUCGGUGAGUGGUUUCACCAAGCUGAAGGUGAAUAAGAUUAGUGAGUGGGGUUGGCGUGCGGGGGUGAUACGUGCCGCCAGUCACAGGGAUAACGGCUGUCCUGAUCUCCAGAUCCUCGUAGAAUACGACGACGUGGAGUGGCAGAGGAGGGAGUGGCUGUCGCCGCACAGGGAUGCCGUGUUCUCCUUUUUUCUCAUCGAACGAGGUCUAUACUGGGCCGAACGACCUGACCCCAGGCACGCCAGUCUCAUCCCCAUCGAUCAUCACAAUCACGCGAACAAUAACCAUCAUCAGCACCGCAUUAACGGGAAACCGCUUAGAGGCGCCACAGCGGUCGCCGACACCGUUGCCUGGCCGGCUCUUACCUUCUAUCCUCUCGUGGCGCGAGCCGAGUUGCACGAAGACGCCAUGCCGAUCGAAUUUAUGCAAGAUCGCAAACUGGACUUCGUCGACUAUUCGAAGCUCAAACCGUUCACCCAGGACUGGGAGCUGACUAAGGGCGCCAUGCCCUGGGGAAACGCCGUUAGGAGAUGGGCCGAGAUGCAGGACGGCCAGAGGAUUUUGCUGACUACACCCAGCGUUCUGGUCGGUUUCAGGGUCGAAGUUUAUCGGGCGGAAGGCACCACACAAUGGUACACAGCCGUGAUCGUCGGUUACAACGAGUCCACCAAGGAUUUGACCGUCACCGACGACACAGUCCUCGAAGACCACAACGAGGAUCCCACUUUAGUACAAAUGAGGCUAAUUGGCGACGGAGUCGUCGAGAGCAUCAUGAGGGGCGAGGUCGUCGGCAUGACACCGAGGAGGUCGAGGUCAUCGACUGCUCUGACGCACGCGCUCGUCGUGCCCCGACCCGGUAGGAGACCCCGAAGACGACCGGGAAACGCAGCGCAGUUGCAGACAACAACUCCGAGGGCACAAAGUCCGAUAUCGCAGCAUCUCGAAAAAGAAAAGAACAACGCUCGUAACAACCGCCGGCGACGCGUGAGCGAGGGCGCUAGUCGCGAGAGGACCGAAAAAGAUUCUGCGGAAGCUGCGCUAUCCACGCGACAGCAGGAAGAUCGGGAGAAUAAGGGUCCGCCGUCGGGUAGAGUUGGAAAUCGCGUUGCAGCACGACCGGUGCUGGAGGAAGCGAACAGCGCUUCGGGAAGUGCUUCGAAGUUACGGAGACGUAACGUCGCGGUAAGGAGCCCGACAACCGACCAGCAGGGUUCAGCACAACAUCAGAGACCGGUGCGAAGAAGACCGAGGCCAGGAGGAGGAGGUCAAGAAGUAAAGCCGGACGCCGAAGAAGACCCUGUUGCCGAACGUUAUCAUCGUAGCGGCGCAAGAAACGAUAAGGACGAACGUCUCGGCAGCAGAUCGGAAGACGAGGAGGAAGAGGACGAGGAUCGUCUCGAAGAGGAGAAUGAGGAGAGUCAUGAGCAUUGCGAUCAACUGACUAAGCGGCUGAGAACAAGCCCCGUCGGCAGAAAGCUCCGGUCCGAAAGUGGUAAGGGCAAAAACGCCGAGGAAGCUGCAGCGGAUCGGACUGGGGAGGUGGUGGUGGAGGCAGAGGAGGAAGACGAGGACGAGGAGGACAACGACGACGCCGAGGAGGAGGCAGGGGUGGAAGAACACGACGGGGCUGAACGGGAGGUCGACAAACUCGAGGAGAACGAGGAGAGUCAAUCUAGGGAACGGGAUAGAGAACCCGAGCCGCCACCUCCGGACAAAGUCGAUCCCGGGGGCGAUCCUGCUUCCAAAGAACCAGGUAGCAAGACAACAGAAUCGAGAAGGGACGCUCGCGCGAUCGAUCGGAACGCAGAUAAGAUCAGCGAGCACAAGGAACAGCAACGAGAACAGCAACAGCCACCGCAGUUACUCGUGAAUGGAUUGCACGUCGACUCGCCGCUGGUCAGCGACAAGACGAAUGUCAUCCGCGAAGAUAGUCCAUCGUUGUUGAAGUCGACUACUACUCGAUCAAAGACAAAAGAUUCGGCGGAGGAGGACGGAACGAUCGCAACAACACCAGCGGCGGAAGACGAGCGCGACGAGAACGCCAGUGAAGAAGAAGUGGGCUCACAGCGAUCACGCCGAACAGAGGUGACCACCACCGAGUUAGGCACGGAGGAUAGCGUGGGUAGCGGCGUGAGGGCGGCCAGCGUCGAAUCGGUCGUCGAGCUGCUGGAGUCGAGCAGUCAGGACUCAGGCUCCGUGCUGGAGAGACUGAGUCCGCUUAGUAGCAGCGGCGGCGGCGGCCCCGGCAGGCAGAACAGCCUGCUCCUGGAGCAGCAGCGGGAGCAGGAGCGCAGCCGGCACAACGAAAGUCCAAUCAUCCUUGCCGAGAGACUGAACAAGCCGCCACCGCCGAUCGCCGGUCAUCAUCACCAUCAUCUGCAGCCGUACCAUCAACAGCAUCAUCAACAGCAACAUCAACAGCAACAGUUUCAUCAUCAUCAACAGCAUCAUCAGCAGCGUUACUCUGCCGAUAGUCCGGUGAUCCAUCAUCAUCAUCAACAACAGCAACAGCAACAGCAGCAGCAUCAUCACCAUCAGCUAGCGAGCACAGUCUCACACAUCGAGGGGUGGCGAUGA